AUAUAUAAACUGUGUCAGGAGAGAAGUCGGUAGGAGGUGUUCCGGAGCGACAACGGCCGAGUAACCGUUGACCUUCCGUCCUCUCCCCGCGGUGGAAACAUGGCUCUGAGCCGUCUGGAAAAGGCUCAGGUAUGGCUCUUCAAGGCGGCCAUGGGCUUCUUCUUCAUGCUUUUCCGGCUCUUCUCCCCUCGGAGAGCCGCUGGCUCCUGGAAGACGCUUCCUCCCGUCCGCAACCCGCUGCUGAUGGUGUCAGCGACGCAGCUGGCCAAGAAGAUCCGGCGGAAAGAGGUGUCAAGUGUGGAGGUGGUGCAGGCUUACAUCGACAGGAUCCAGGAGGUCAACCCCUUUCUGAACGCUGUUAUAAAAGACAGGUUUGCUGCUGCCCUCCAGGAGGCCGCCCAAGUUGACAAGCUGAUAGAGGAGGAAACUGGAGGAGAGGAGGUGCUGGAGGACCGACUGCCUUUACUGGGAGUCCCACUCUCUGUCAAAGAGUCUUUUGCUCUCCAGGGCAUGCCCCACACUACCGGUUUGAUCUCCAGGCGAGGAGUGGUGGCCACCGUCGACGCUCCACCGGUGGCCCUGCUGAAGAGAGCGGGGGCCAUCCCGCUGGGCGUCACCAACACCAGCGAGCUGUGUAUGUGGUGCGAGUCCCACAACCACCUGCACGGCAUCACCAGCAACCCGUACGACCUGGAGAGGAUACCAGGAGGAAGCUCAGGGGGAGAGGGCAGUAUACUGGGAGCAGCAGGCGCAGUCAUUGGUGUAGGCUCAGACAUUGGCGGCAGCAUCCGUAUGCCCUGUUUCUUCAAUGGAAUAUUUGGCCAUAAAACCACUCCUGGUGUUGUGUCCUCUGAGAACCAGUACCCUCCGGUCUCCGGCAGACAGGACGAGUACAUCAGCACCGGUCCCAUGUGCCGCUACGCUGAGGACCUGCUGCCCAUGCUCAAGAUCAUGGCGGGACCCAAUGCUCACAUGUUGUCCUUAGACACAGAGGUCGACCUAAAGAAGCUACGGUUCUUCACCAUUCCUCAUGAUGGAGGCUCUCCUCUGACGUGCCCCAUCAGCAAAGAGCUCAUGGACAUUCAGAGCAAGGUGGUGGAGCGUCUGAGGGCCGAUCUCGGGGUAAAUGUCCAAGAAGUGCAUUUCCCUGAGCUCCGCUACAGCUUCCAGAUCUGGGACACCUACAUGGGUCUUCCUGAUAAGGAGGGCAAGCCUCCUCUGCCAUUCGCUUUGCUGAUGGGGGAACCAGGACGACCAGCGUGGCCUCUGUGGGAGCUGCUGAAAUGGAUGAUGGGAAAAUCAGAGCAUACCUUUGCUGCUAUAGGUCUGGCCCUGCUGGAGAUGACCCAUGUGUCCAAACGCUCCACCUUCAUCAUCCAGCAGAAGGAGAAGCUGCAGAGGGAGGUGGACGAGCUGCUGGGCACUGACGGUGUUUUUCUUUACCCCUCACACCCCAGAGUGGCUCCCAAACACCACCACCCGCUCUUCAGACCCUUUGACUUCGCCUACACUGGAAUAAUCAACAUCCUCGGGCUGCCGGUCACCCAGUGUCCUCUGGGUCUGAGCAAGGAGGGUCUGCCCCUGGGUGUACAGGUGGUGGGUGGGAAGCUGCAGGACCACCUGACCCUGGCUGUGUCUCUCCACCUGGAGAAAACAUUCGGAGGGUGGAGGAACCCCGGAGCCAACUAAAACCACGCACUGUCAGCCAUUACCAAAUCUCCAGACUGGAGCCAGUUGGAUCAAAGAUUGUGGUACUCAGUCUGCCCUGCUGCUUGCUGUAGCUCACAGUCACCAAGAGGUACAAUCAGCGCGCUGAAUGUUCCAAGUGAAAGUGAUUAAUCUUUGUACUAAUGAGGGAUCAGCUGUUCCAGUACGUGUCUGUUGUGAUUUUAUCAUCUACCCUGUUCCGGGACUGUUCUGUUAUGAGCACAAGCUUUAAAAAAAAAAUAUUGAUUUUUAUAUUAAUGAAAAUAUCUUUAAUAGUGCAUUCACAUUUUCGCGCUGAAACAAGGACUUUGUUCAUAACUGGGUAUCUAAUGUCUCAGACUACUUCAUCACACUGGCACCAUAUCACUUUUUUUUUUUUUUAUUAACUUUUCAGUUUAAAAUUUUGACUUUACACACUGUAGUUUUACCUCGUUUUUUUUUUUUUUCUUACCGGCAGCUGUACAGUUUCACUUGUAUGUGCAGUAGACAUACUGUUACUAUUUUUAAAGGCCAGUAUAUGACAAGUUUAAAUGCCUCGCAUGCACACACACAGGUUGUUUCUGUUCUGGCUAAUUAGAGCAACACUCAGGGUUCAGGUUGGAUGGAGCUCUCUGCUGGGAGUCUGCGGAGUUCGUCACCUGACUCCCGGCACAUUAAAGAAUCAUAAAGGUGUAAUUUGUCCUGCGCCAACAGAUGGAACUAAUUUAGGGAGUUGGCGGUCGAGUUUGAGGAGGACCAAUCAGCCAGAGUAACGAAGCUGCUGUGCAGGUGUGCACUGUAAAUGUAGGGCCAUUUAACUCGUUACUAACAAAGGACAGGACUGUAAUAUAUAGAAAAUAUAGAAGAUUUGUAGAAAAAAGAUAUAAUAUACAGAAGACUUACCUGACAUCAGUAAUAGACAACAAAUGUUUUUACACACUGACAAAAUUGUGCAAAACCUUUGUUGCGAGAUAAUGUGAAUGUUGCAUUAUGGGAGUUAAUUGAUUGUGGUGCCUGUGGUGCUU